AUGGGGUUCUUACGCUUCUAUACGUCGCUGGCACUGAUCUCUGCCUCGGCCUUCCUCGUUCGGGGUCAGAGUGAUGAUUUAGGCCUCGCGAAUGGUUAUACCAAUCUGAAGACUGACAACUUCGACCUUCGGCUCGUCACGGACGCCCAGAUCCUAGCGUCGCUCAAGCCAUCCGGAUCAUCCUUUGACUUCUUACCGUCCGAUUACUUGCCGUACCGAGCAGCCAACGGUCAGUACCAUAUUGGAGACAUCACCUUCCGGUAUCGCGCGGUGGGGGAUAGCGAAUGGACUGCCGGUGAUUCCUCCCAGACUCGAGCCGUUGUAAAGUCACUCGACGCCGAUGCGCUCGCCGCAGCCGAUCUAACACCCACGUUGUCUGCCAGCUCUGCUCUACAAAUUGUUCGCCAAUGGUUGGACGUCGAUGGAGACUUAGGACUGAGCUUCACCAUCACGAAUAAGGGCAAUAGUAGCGUAGAAAUCGGCAGCCUGGGCUUCCCGAUUGAGUCCAACAGUAUAUUUACAAAUCGCACCGCGGACGAAGUCACAGCGCAAUGCUCCCUCGUGGACCCGUACAUUGGGCUGGAUGCCGGCUAUCUACAAUUCAGUCCAACCUCCGGACAGGGUCCAGCCUUGAUUAUCACUCCAUUGGACAACACGAGCACCCCUUUCGAAGCCUGGCGCAACCUCGAGGAGGUAUCUGACCAGUACACCGGGUACGGUAGCCAAACAUUUGAAGGGUUCUAUGAGUGGCAGACUCAUUCAAAGGCAUAUGCUGAGAAGGAAUGGGCCGAGGUGGCUCCCUGGAAUGAACCAACCGCGCGCAGUCUCAAACCUGGGGAAUCCACCACGGUAGGCCUUCGCUUCUCCGUGGUGAAGGAUGGGGUGCGCGGAAUUCAAAAAGCUGUCCAGGGGACAAACACUCCAUUGACCAUAGGAACAGGAUAUGUCGUUCCCCGCGAUCUAACGGCACAGCUGUUCAUCUUUCACUCGGCCAAUGUCUCCAAGAUCGUAUCCGACAACAAUGCCUUCGACAUAGCACGCCCUUCAUCCAACCUAGUUUCCCUUUCGCCCACCGAAUCAGCCUGGGGAAGGACCAAGAUCACCAUCUCCUACGCGGACGGAAAAACCCAGACAGUGCACUACUUCAUCACGGACACUGCCCCAGACGUGAUCUCCAAGUUGGGUGACUUCUCAACCACUGCCAUGUGGUUUGACGACGAGAACGACCCCUUUGGUCGGGCACCCUCUGUGAUCACGUAUGACGCGGCUGCCAAAGCACAAGUGCUUCAAGAGGCGCGAGUUUGGAUUGCUGGACUCAUGGACGAAGGCGGCGCCAUAUUUCUUGCUUCCACGAUGAAAGAGCACGGCCUUCCCAACGCGGAGGAGGUGGCAAAGCUAGAAGAAUUUGCGUCCAAAGUGCUUUUUGGCACCAUUCAAAACACCGAUUUUACGGUUCGUAAGAGCGUCUUCUACUACGACCCAGAUCAACUCCCGAGUUAUGAAUACAGCAGCAGUAUCGACUGGGGAAAUUGGUGGUCUUGGAAUAAGGAGGCAUCAUACUCCACCGAUCGUGCGUAUGACUACAUCCACGUUAUUGGAGCAUAUUGGUCAUUGUAUCGCGUCGGCCGCGACAACCCGACGCUUCUCAAGGUGCACCCGUGGCAGUGGUACCUGGGCCAAGCUUACAAUACGACCGUAACGUGUUUUGCGACAAAUUCUGCCGGGGACGGCCUGGUUGGUUACUCACGCCUGGGCCUAAUGGGAGAAACUGUUGUCGGGGAGCUCCUGGCAGACCUGCAACGUGAAGGAUGGACCCAAGAGGCGGACGCGGUAGAGGCCGCCAUGAAACUUCGCGCGGAAGCGUGGGACUCGCAGUCGGAGCCCUUUGGAAGUGAAAUGGCGUGGGAUUGCACGGGUCAGGAGGGCGUUUAUUACUGGAGCAAUUAUUUCAAUCUCACGCAGACCACGACGAAGACCAUCAAUAGUAUCCUGGGUUUGAUGCCGACGGUGUCUCAUUGGGGCUGGAAUGGGAACGCCCGACGUUACUGGGAUUUCAUCUAUGCCGGGAAGCUUCAACGGAUUGAACGCAUGAUUCAUCACUAUGGUUCGAGCCUCAAUGCAUUGCCCCUUCUCGCUGAGUUUCGACAAAACCCGACCGAUACAUAUCUCCUCCGGGUUGGGUACGGCGGAAUCACUGGCCCGUUCAGCAAUAUCAGGAAGGACGGCUCGAUGUACAACGCGUUCCACUCAUUUCCCGAUACUCUCAAGGGCGACGACUAUUCCGGAGACUACGGUCCUAACUUCCUCGGAAUGAUGCUGGGCGCUGGUACAUACAUCGUCGAUGACCCUGACGUCGGCAUCAUAGCAUACGGUGGCAAUCUGUCUGUGGAGAGCGACACAGUGACUGUGCAACCGCGUGAUGCCGUCCGGCGACGUGUAUAUGUUGCGUCAAUGGGUGUCUACGUCACGAUAAGUGCCGGCCAAAUCGAGGAAUUCUCAUUCUCCGCUGCCCAACCAAUCUCGCUGGAAUUGAAGCUUGUCGGAGGGUUAUCCAAUACGACCACAGCGAUUGUAUGGGUUGAGAAUCCUGGCUCAAACGACGCGUACGCAGUCACGACCAACGGGGAGCAGACAAGGGGAGGUGUGGCGGUUGAGCUAUCGGGAGGCUCCGUGACCGUCACGGUGGCCAAACAGUAA